AUGGCAGAAAAGAGGCCUCCUGAAAAUCAACAAUGUGAUGAAAUCAUCCCCAAAAAGAGAUCGAGGACAAGCUCCGGUGACUUGCAGACACCUAAGGGUCAUGAUCCAUCAACAUCUACAGGCAAAUCAUUGAAUUCAUUUGUUGAGAAGAAUGAUAAUGAAUCUUCAAACGACCUCAGCGAUGAUGAUUAUAAUGACCAAGACUUCGAUUACGAUGACUACAAUGAAGAUGACGUUGAUGAAGAAGAAAAUGAUGAUAGUGAUGAUGGAAAUAACAGCGAAUUUGAAAAUGAUUUCAACAAUGAUGAACUUUACGACCAUGAUGAUGAAGACAAUGAAGGCGAUGGUGAUGAUGAUGAUGAUGAUGAUGAUGGUGAUGACGAAGAAGAUUAUAACGAUAGACGACCCGUAGACCCAUUAUCUGAUUUAACAACGGAUCAGUAUGCUGUUCUCUACACCUUAUUACUGUGUUGUGAUAUGUAUGGUUGGAACUCAAUGGUCAGCGAUGCCUCUAUGGGUGACAUUGAUGUUAAGAAGACAGUGAAGGAGCUGGAGAGUAAAGAACUUGUUAAAUGUGACAGUAAUAGUAACAGAGUGCGUAUCUCAGAAGACAAACGUAUUCAUUUAAUGAGAUCUUAUAGGGAGAAAUGUCUCCUCAGUGAUAUUGACAUAGACUUCUUUACAAGAGUUGCCUCGGGGUUUUCCAUAUACAUCUAUGCAGACGCCUAUAUCUUUAACGAAGAUGUUUCUAGAAAGCCACAGGACUCUUGUCCUAUAGCUUUAAUGAGACUUAUAGUUCAGGCCCAAACUGAGAUAGACUUUCAUAUUCUUCACACAGGUAUAUUUCCUCCUGUGUGUAGAGAGUCGGGUAUCUUGGAAAAGGUAAGGCAUUUUCUACUAUCGUGGUGCCGACUGAGAAAGAUAGUGGAUCCUAUAAGAUGGACUGAUAUGUGUCCUAAUGAGAGGAUAAAAAGUGUUUACUCUGCGAGCACAGUAUGUUCUUUACCUAAUCGAGACACAAAGAGUGUAUUUUUGACUCCCUCAAAAACAACUAUACUCUGUACCAUCUUGAUGACAGAAAACUAUGAAGUCAGCAGAAAAACUAUAGAGGAGAAGAUUCAGGAAGUUGUGAAGGUCUUUCCAACUUUGUGUCAUGACGAGCUGGAUACAUUCUGGGACACACUUGAAGAAAUGGAGAAACGUGAUAAAACUGUAAAAAUGGAGAAAGAAAACAUAGGGUUUGCAUCAGAGAAUGUUCGCCAUCAAGCGAUGAGUUACUUUGUAAUGAAUUGUCUGAGAACUGACAACGACUAUGAGAACUACAUCAAACUGUCUUCAGUGGAUUCUUUGUUAGAGUAUGUACGUACCUGGAGAUACCGUAAAGGUGAAAAUGAGCGUUGUAUAUACUUACCAGAGAAACUAGAGGACGCAUUCGUUAAGGCACUUGGAUUAAAUGCUAUACGUCAUGUUCUUGUGGAGAAAAAGAAUUAUUUUGACGAAGAAGUCGCCGAGGAAAUAAGGAAAAAAGUCAUAUUAAACAUUAAUGUACCAGAAGAAAUUCUUGAUUGGGACUAUGAUGCGAGAUAUAGGUACGUAGAGUGUGCUAAAAAGGGAACUCAGAGUACACACAGAGCUCGUGCGAUGAUUGUAGGAUGCGCUGGUGCUGGUAAAACUACUCUCCUUAAACGCCUACAAAAGAAAAGUUUGGCGGAGUUAAAAAUGUUGAAGUCGACAGUCGGACUAGAGGUUCACGAGGACAUCUUUGAAGUUUCACAAGAUGAAGAUUCUUUAAGAGCUCUUACAGCAGAAACAAAUAAGGAAGGGAAGCAGCUUUUGAGUGUCAUGGAUUUUGGAGGACAGUGUGCAUAUUACGCCUGUCAUCAGGUCUACCUCAGCAGAAGGGCUUUCUAUCUGCUGGUGAUAGAUAUGUCUAAACCAUUUAAAGAUAAGAUCGACAAGAAAUGUUGUGACCACGAAGGAACAAUGUUCGGUGACUGGACAUAUGGGGAAUACCUUUUGUUCUGGAUGAAGUCUAUACAUCUGUACAGUGCUUCAGAUGCACCCGUUAUACUUGUGGGAACUCACCUCGACAAAGCCAAAGGACAGACUUCGGAAAAAAUGUACAGAAGUAUUUUGCAUCAUCUGAGGUACGAUGAAAAUCUCAAAAGACACUUGAACAGAAAGAGAUGCUUCGUUUUAGGCUUUCAGGAAAAAGGUGGACAAUGUCUUGACAAUCUUUCCGAUUUAGAAAAAUGUAUUGUUUCAAUUGCUAAAGAAGAACGGUGGAAGGAAACUAUUCCAAGAGACUGGGCAAUGUGUGAAGUUGUUCUAGGGGAACUCAAAUCCACAGAAAAAAUGCUUUCAUGUAAGGCAGUGUCUACAAAUUUCUUGAACUACAUCGACGAAAAAGACACAAAUGUUCAAGAUGUUUUGAAACUUUUCCAUGAAAUUGGACUUAUUCUGCAUUUCAACGAGGAAUGUCUUUCUGAAACUGUUGUAAUUGACAUCCAAUGGUUUGUUGAUGCCUUCAAAAAUAUCAUCACAGAUCCAAACCAUGUUUUAGAUUUAGUAAAAAGUGACGCCGAAUGGAUGGACUUCGACCAAAAUGGAUAUCUUUCCCACCAACUUCUCAAAAAAAUAUGGACAUCAGGAGAAUUGCAAAUAGAGCCUCGAAAGCAAAGAAGUAUUCUCCAGUACAUGGAGCAUCUUGGAUUGAUAUUUGUCGAGCUGAAGUCGGACAUUCAUUACAUACCUUGUAUGAAUAGACGUACAUUUGAUGCUGCACACGAGGAGAAAUUGAGAAAGUGUCAAAAUAAAACAUCAGUGUUGGUCUUCAGAUUCAUUUUUUUGCCAUGGUUUGUUUACUUUCGUCUUAUUGUUACUUGCAUGACACAUGAAUGGAGAGUUUUGAAGGACGAUGGACUAUGUCUGUAUAAAAACAUUGCUUGUUUUGAUUAUAAGGAGCACAAUAUUGUUCUUGCAGUAAAUCACUCCUCAAUACAACUUCAGGUGUUUCAACAUGGUAACACUAUUGUCAAAAAAGAAGUCACUCUGGAAGUACGUGACACCAUAGAGCGAUUAUUAAAUCAAAUCUCCGGAAGCUUUCACAAGAAAAUCAUGUACUGUGUAGGGUACCAAUGUACACUAAAUGAGGUCUAUUGUGAAUAUGAUAAAUGUUUUGUUGAAGAGAAAGAAAUUCACGGGAAGGGUCAAAUAAUUUGUCCUCGACAUGAGAUGAUACAUCAUCACACUCUGUUUGAGCCAGAUUUACUCGGAUACUGGACAAAGGAUUGUGGAAUAUCAGAGAAAGUUGCAAGCCUACAUGGAGACACCUUUAUCAACCUUUAUGAGGAGGGACUGCUAAAAUUUCACUUUAAGAUGUUUGAAAAGUUAACCAAGGUUGGGCGAGAUGCCAUGCAGGUUUAUUUUGAUACGGUGUUCCCACGACAGGACAUUAUGAAAAUGUCAUCGGAAAAGGAUAAAGUGAAGAAAAAAUUUCGUUUGAACGACGAUCAAUUCAACAGGCUUUUUCCUGCUGAUGGAUCUAAUCCCUGCUCUAAAUCAUUUGAUGUAACGAUGAUGUACCAGAUGUUAAGGAACCUUACCAAACCUCAACAUCAUCCACCAACUAAAGGCUGGGGAGAGAUUCCAGAUACCUGUGAUACAAACAAAUCUGACGACAUAGAAAGGAUCCGGAUUUACAGAAAUCAAGUUGUGCACGAAACCGAGGCUACAAGUAAAUUAGAUAGAAAGGAUCUGGAAGAAAAAGGAAGAGAUCUGACGCAGGCCGUUAUGAGGUUGAGCAAUGGAGCACUAAAACAAGAAAUGAUGAAUGCUAUGACAAAUGCAACAUAACUACUAACACAAAGCCAAGG